UAGGUCUUUCUGAAGGAAGCUGUCGUGUGAUAUUGGGCACAUCUUGUGAGGACAUUAAUUGAUUAGCACUGAAAAACGACAAACAUGGCAGGCAACAACAUAGCUGGCAAGUGGAAGUUGCAUCACAACGAAGGUUUUGAAGAGUUUCUCGAAGAAAUGGGUGCUCCGUAUUUGGCCAGGAAGGCUGUAGGUAAAAGUCAUCCGACUCAGGAGAUCGUUAUCAACGGGGACCAUGUCACCAUCAAGUUCAUCUCAAUGUUGAUGACAAGAGAGAUUAACUUCACCAUCGGUCAGGAGUUCGAAACUGAGUGGUCGGGACAAAAGAACAAGGCUAUGGCGCGAUGGGAGGACGGCAAACUUGUGAUGACGGAAACUGGAGCCAGGGGAAAGUCCACCACGAGCCGCUACGUGGACGAGGAUGGCAUGCUGCAGAUGGUAAUCACGUCACCAAAGGGACUCGUCUGCAAACGCGUUUUCAAGAAAAAAUGAAGGGUUUUAUCUGCACUACAUGGUGGCAGUGUAGCCGACAAAUUUACCAACAAUAUCAUUGAGUCAAUUGCAAUAGACCCUAUGUAGCUAAUAUAAUAUUAUAUAUCAUAUAAUCUAAAACUAUUCAAAAUAAUUUUUGCUGCAUCUUAAUCAAAACAUAUGUUUACUCUGAGGGAGAAUUCGAAAUAAUCUUAGUAUACUCAAAGUAGGAAAUAGGCGAUGAAAAAUCUCUACUUAACAAUGUAGUUGCUGCUCGGUUGCAGUCUUUGAUAUUUUACAGUACCUCAGUUGCCGUAUCAUAAUACAUCAUAACAUUUUGGUAUUUAUAGCCUCGCCUCUGAGGCACCACCAAAAAUCUAAAUAAACCUUAUUUUACAUGCAGGCAAGGUGAUCGCCUGAUUGAUUUUAUUUUAUUAACUUGAUAGUUAGAUAUGUAUUUUCAAAAGCAAUAAAGUUCAUGGGAUUUAA